UAUGGACAGCUCAUGGUGUCUAUGUUACCAUCUCAACAAAUAAACAUGAACAAGUAAAUAAUCUAGUAUCAUCAUCCACAAGGGGUUUAAUGAAUGGUACAUUUUUCGGUAUAUUUCAAUUAAAUCAAAUCAUUGGAAAUUUGCUUGUCUCAUUUUUAUUUCAUAUAAAGCUUGACCAAUGGAUUAUUUUUACAAUACUGACAAGUAUUUGUGGAUUAGGAACAUUCAGUUUAAUUUUUCUGCGACCUGUAGAAAUACCAAAAGAUGGAAAAAAACAGUCGAUUCUAUCGAGUUUAUCAAUACUUUUCGAUAUUCGUUUUCUUUUACUUAUUCCAACAAUGUGUUAUAGUGGAUUAUCUGGAGGAUUCAUCUUUGCUACUGUAGCUCCAUUGAUUAUUGAUAAAAGUCGGAAAUAUCUAAUAUUUACUGUGUUUGGUGGUGUUAAUGCUUUUAGUUUUCUCUUUUUUGGAAAAUUAAGUGAUUUAAUUGGUCGUCGUCUUCUUGUUUUUGGUAUUGGUGCACUUGCUCAUAUGCCUAUUUUUGUACUUUUAUUACUAGUAUGGAAACCACCUUUGGAUCAAAGCCGUACUGAAAUAUUUCUUAUAUUGGUUAUUGGUUUAAGUAUAGGUGAUGCUAUAUUUUGGACACUAUUAUAUUCUAUUAUAGGCACUUUCUAUGAAGAAUCACGGCUAGCAGAUGCUUUUUCAUGUUUAAAAAUAUUUCAAGCAGGCUCUAUAGCGAUAGCUUUUGUUGAACAAGUUUAUGUUUCAUUUUCUAUACAAGUCUUAUGUCUAAUUAUUCUUUUAUCAUUAACUGUUAUUACACUUAUUUAUGAACAUUAUGGUAUUAUAUCAUUAGAUACAGGCAAAACAAGAAUGUCAAUGCAAAAGAAAACUAAGAAAAAACCUGAAGCCGACACUGAAGUACAGUUAACUUUGUUAACAUUAUCGAAUGCAGCAGAAAUAAUGCCACAAGAAAAAUUAUGA